AUGGCCUCUCCGCCUGGGUCGCCCGCCGGCAUCCAGCGUCCCUUGAGUGCCAUGAUCCGCUCAAACCGCUCCUCGAGUCGCAUGAGUAUGAGCAGCAAGCACGGCGGAGGCAGUCGUGCCUCAGAUGAAGACUCGAAGACGGCGGUCAAAGUCGCUGUCCGCGUCCGCCCUCCGCUCCAACCUGGAGACCCGGGCUUCGACCUCGUCCCAACGCGCUUUCGCGGCGCAACCUGUCAGGUCACGUCGCCAUCGAGCCUGGCGGUCGAUGCCUCCGGUGGUCGCAAGAUCUUCGUCUUCGACCGUGUGUUCGGCGAGGACAUCGACCAGGAGGGUGUCUUCGAAUACGUCACCGAGAGCGUGAGCUCUUUCGUGCAGGGCUACAAUGUCUCCAUCCUCGCGUAUGGCCAGUCCGGUGCCGGAAAGUCGUACACCAUGGGCACCACCGGCCCUCGGGAGCAGGGCAAUGCGAAGAUAAUGGGCAUAAUCCCUCGUGCAGCUGCUGUGUUGUUCGAUAGGCUCGACGGCACAAACAGCCGGGCCCCUGGCUCUGGCAUCCGCGCUCCUUCACGCAUUUCUGGGAUAGGAAUGCAGAGCUUCGCUAGAUCGACCGCGAACAAGAACUGGCAGCUAAAAGCGACAUAUGUUGAGAUCUACAACGAGCAACUCCGCGACCUUCUCCUACCUGAGACCACACCCCUCCAUGAACGACCCGUUGUGGCCAUUCGCGAAGACACCAAGGGCCGCAUUCUGCUGACCGGCUUAACCCAAGUCCAGAUUAACUCGAUUGAGGAUUUGCUAAAUGCCCUGAACUUUGGAUCCGCAAUUCGUCAGACCGAUGCAACAGCGGUCAACGCAAAGUCAUCUCGUUCUCAUGCCGUCUUCAGUCUCAACCUAGUCCAGAAGAAGAGCUCCACAGCGCCACUCACCACGCGAGAAAAACGCAUGUCCGUGCCCAUUGAAGCCAUGUCUGGCAGUAGCGAGAGCUGGAUCACCGUUGACAGCAAACUUCACUUUGUCGAUCUGGCUGGUAGCGAAAGGCUGAAGAACACUCAAGCGCAAGGCGAGAGGGCGAAGGAAGGUAUUUCCAUUAAUGCUGGACUGGCGAGCUUGGGAAAGGUCAUCUCGCAGCUAUCUUCUCGCUCACACGGCUCGCACGUUUCCUACCGAGAUUCAAAACUUACCCGACUCCUCCAAGAUUCUCUCGGCGGUAAUGCCAUCACGUACAUGAUUGCAUGUGUCAACCCCGCCGAAUUCCACCUAAGCGAAACCCUAAACACGGUUCAGUACGCGCAGCGUGCCCGAGCCAUUCAGAUCAAACCCCAGAUUCAGCAAGUCUCAGAUGACAGCGACAAACAGGCGGUGAUCGAGCGACUACGAGCCGAGGUGUCGUUUCUGCGUGAUCAGAUCAGAUUAUCCGAGAGGACCGACCGGAAGAAGGCUUCCCCUCAGGACCGUGCUGAACGGCAGCAGGAGCGUGAAAACGAGCUACAGAACCAUUUGCUCGAUAUUCAAGAGAACUACAACGCUCUUAGCACCCGCCACGCGAAGCUAAUCUCAGAAAUCACAAAAGCCCGCGACAAUGAGUCCGCAGACACACCUAUGCUCAAGGAUGCCAUUGGUGACACCGCUUUGGAGAGGCUAAAGCGGUCCAACUCCUUUGCGGAAGCGGUGGAGUCGGUCGUCCUGGAAUAUGAGAAGACAAUUCAAAGUCUGGAAUCGUCGCUGUCUAAUACGCGCUCUUCCCUUUCAACAAAUGAGAGCGAGUUGCUUGAAAAGGAAACGAGAAUUGCCUUUUUAGAGAGCCAAACACAACAGCUCCAAGCCCGUAUUCAGAAGGCUAUGGACCGUGAAGUAAGCAAUGAAGACUAUGUUAAGACCCUCGAGGCCCAGGUCGAUAGUUCAGCAUCUGGUAUCGAGAAGAACGACACCACCAUCUCGGACCUGCGCGAGAAAUUGCAGAGGGCUCGUGAAAACGAAGCCAGCUGUGAAGAUUACAUCUCCACCCUUGAAGAACGGCUCGCGGAGAACGAACAGGAGGUUGAGUUGAUGCAGCGAGAAAUAGAGCGCCUGAAACAUGUGGUGGAACGACAACGGAGUGUCGGGAAGCUCGAUAACCUUCUCUAUGAGCUUGACAACAUCCGACAGACCGAAGUCAAACCCGAGGAACAUCUUGUGAACGGACAUUCCAAGAAGAACAGCGAUCCGUUCCUUGAAAAGAGGUCAUCGGGUGGCAGCAACAGACAGUUUAAUUCCAAUGUCGACGCCAUUGCCGAAGAGGACGAUACUGAGCGACCUACUACUUCUGGAGCUGGUGCUGCCACUACUACAGUCCGUACAGUGGAGCACAGCGAAGAUAGGGAAGCCCCAGCUGUCCAAACGGCGGAUUUGGCACCUGAGGAAGUUGCUGACAUGCCUCAAAGUCCCGCUCAAUCCAAGUAUGUGGCAGACAAGCUCGACUCUGUCACUCAAGAGCUAUUUGAUCUCCGCGUGGAGCAUGAGGCCACCGUCCAAGAUUACGACAGGCUUGAAAGCAAGUACCAGGAGGCUUUGCGGACGUUGGCAGCGCUUCAGGAUGCUGUCGACGAAGCACGUCACCGUAGACCUUCAUUGACGUCGUCUACCCGGCCAACAUCUUUUUUAGCAGACGCGGGGGUGAAUGGACUCAGGGAGGAUGGACAACCAUCAUCCUCGCGGACAUUAUCAUCGGAGUUGUCCUUAGCGGAAUCUACCAAUACAUCCAACCCAGAGGAGGAGGCCUACGCGACCACCGAGACAUCUGAUGCCGAGACGGCUCAGCUCAGAUCGGACUCGACGGAGGAUCUUCCACAGAGCGAUUCGGCCUUGGCCCACGAGUUCGAGACGCUGAAGAGGCUGCAUACAGAAAACGCACGACGGAUGGCGGAGCUGAAUCAGAACUACUCCGAGCUACAGGAACAACACCAAGACACUCUGGACUACGUGGAAGAGCUUAAGUCGGAGGUUCAGAAGGCGCAAAUGGCACGUCCAAGUUCUCCCACAGCUCAGAUAAUUCGUCGCAAAUCUAGCCAAAAUGUGUUAGCUAACGAUCGGUCGAACCGGGCUUUUGCCUCGCUACGUAAUCUGGCUCUAGAAAACUUUGAAGAGCAACCAGACACCAUCCAGAACUUCGAGCUCAACCUAAACGCUAUCAUGACUGAACUAGCUACCCGUUCUGAACGAGUGCAAGCGCUAGAGAAUGAGGUCGCUUCUGUGAGAAAGGAAAUGGAGGGCAAGAUGACUCUGAUCACUGGUCUCACGAGAGAGAGGUCAAGUUUGAAGGCCUCUUCGCCUAUGGAUAUCUCUAUUGUCGUAUCUAUGCAAGAUCAACUCAAGCAAAGUGAGGAGCAAAUGGAAAAGCUUAGAGAAGAGUAUGCGCAGCGGGAGCAGGAACUUCAAGAGCAGAUUGCAAAUCUCAAAGCCACUUUCCAACCACCUGGCACCCAAGAAAAAUCCCAUACAGGUGCACAACUCCCAGUUGCAAUUUCAAGGUCGAUGGACGAGCACGCUAGCGACACCGACCAGGUACAUGAAAAGCAAAUUGCCGAACUUCAACGAGAGGUAGCUCAAUGGCAGUCGAAGCAUCUGGCAGCAAUCGAGGCCACCAAGGUGUCUGAGAAGCAGCAUCUUCGUAAAGUGCAAGAGCUCGAGUCCGCAAUGAAGAAGCUAGAAGCUGACCACGCUUCUAAUAUCACUAACCUUGAGUUGCACGAAGAGGCUAUUUCUGCUUUGCAGGCUCAAGUCGACGAGCACAAGGCUACCGCGGUCAACAACGCUACGCGUCUGGCUGAGCUUGAGGAAUCGCAUGCCCGCAUUCAAACUCAGGUGGAAGAAGAUGCCCAGGCCAUGCAACUUACGGAGAAAGAGCUUGAGACCCAUAGGUCGCUUGUGGCGAACCUGGAGAAGCAGAUCGAGGAACAUAAAGGUGCCAUUAUGUUUCAUCAGCAAGGAAUGGAGGCAUUGAAGCAUACCCACACAGCCGAACUCGAUAGACUUACCGCCGAGAUCUCAGUGCACGAGACUUCAAGCCAAGCACUUCAGGCAGACCUUAGCAAGGCCAAGGCGGACAUGGCAAGUCUGCUUCAGGGAGUGUCAUCUGCUUUGAACGAAGAGGCCGACAUGGCCACGGUUCAGUCUCGGAUCGAGUCCCUCGUUGAGGAAAGGAAGUCUCUCGUCGUCCGGAUGGACCAAGCGAUGAGCGAUUUGGAGUCGGCAAGGAACGAACUUUCAGAAGCCUCAGAUUCGAUCAAAGCUCUCCGGGGUUCUGUAAAUGAGCUUGAAAAGCUCAAUGGAGAAACAAUGAUGGCACUCGAGAAAGUCAGCGAAAAGGAGCGCAAGAGCUCACGCCUUGUCCAGGAGCUUGAGGAUCAGCUUAACCAAAAUUGGGACCAGCACGAAGCAGCAAACAACCGGCUGUCUGCACUUCAGACAGAGCGUAGCCGCGAGCUUCAAGACGCUAUUAACCGCAAAGAAGAUAUGGAGCGGGAAGUAGAGGAGUCCCGUGUGAAGAUUGCUCUUCUAGAGUCUCAACUCGCAGAUGCGAAGCGGAACUCCAACCGUGGGUCUGUCGAUCCUCGGGAAGAUCUUCACCGGUCGAACUCGAACAAUUCGAAUCUCCGCAAGAGUACCUCGCACACCUCCCUCCCUUCCCCGCCUCCGGCUAUUCCCCUUCCUCCUCUCCCUGGAAGCCCUCCACCUACCACGACAAACGCACCGUCUCCUCCUACCUCUCGUCACCAGAGUAAGGACAUAGCGCAGGCACAGCUUGUCGAGGACCAGGAAGCUCGUAUCCGAACUAUCGAGAAGCAUCUCUUCGCUGAGAAACAGCUUACAGCCACCCUUGAAGAUGCGUUGACUGAUCUUGAGUCUUCCAGCCAGAAGAUGAGGACCGAUCUCGACACCUACAAGAAGAAGUGUGCUGGUCUGGAAGAAGAACUAACUGUGAUGAGGAAAGAGCGCAGCAUGGCGCGACACUCGCUUCAAGCAGUUGAAGAGGAGCGUAACGCCCGUUUACGAGUCGAGGCCGAGCGUGCCCACUUAGAAGCUCGCAUGGCCGCACUUAACAACAGCAACAAGAAGAAGAAAAACAAAAGCACGUUGAACUGCUUUUAG